CUCCAAUGCUGCGACGAGAUAUAUAUAUAUAUAGGAACCGGGAAUCUUCUUCUCCACACAUUUUAGUUUGGCGUCUGAAGCAUUUCUAGAAUGAAGGUGUUCAUCGUAUUAGCUCUUGUGGCGGUUGCUGCUGCUCAGUAUGCGGAUCCCAACGCAGUGCCCAUCCCGUAUUCUUUUGGUUACACUUCAGCAACUGAAGAUGGUGGCAGCUCUGGUCAUCAGGAAUCUGGCGAUGGAGCAGGAAGAGUGACGGGCUCUUACACUGUCCAGGACUUGGAGGGUCACGUGCGGACUGUGGAGUACGUCGCUGAUGAAGCCGGUUUCCGAGCCACCAUCCGCACCAACGAACCGGGAACGGCCAACCAAAACCCAGCUGACGUCAUCAUGGAGUCUUCUGCCCCAGAAUCGGCCGGGGCACCAGUCUACUCCUUAGGAGGGGGAGGAGCUGCUCCCCAACCAGCUGCGGCAGCUAGGGGACAGGGGGUCCGCUAUGUAUUAGUACCUAGCACAGACCCGCGAGCCCGCGGAUACUAUUAAACUCUAUUAUUCCUAGAUAAAAACUAUUUAAAAAAAAGGGGCGCUUUGGGGCUGGAAAAAAAUACGCUUUUUUGCUGUAAGAAUACAAUUUAUUUUCAAAAUCAAUAGAAAACUAGCUUCUUCAACUCAUUUUUCCGAAAACGAUGUAAAAUAUACUAGAUCUUCUCAAACCGGACUUUAUAUCAUAACUCAUUUUUUCUAAAUUUCCAUCAUAAAAAAAUCGUUGAAGAAGCAUUCUUUACUUACAAAAUGUCUAACCACACUUUUACGCAACACAUAGCAAUUGUUGUUUUCGAUGUGAGCAAAAUUUAUUCGUAACCACCUUUUUCUAAGUGCUGCUGGAUGAAGAAAUAAAAAUGUAUGCAUAUUUUGUACGUUUUCAAAAAUGCUUUUGAUGUAUAUAUGAAAUAAAGAGAUAAAGAUAUGCGAU